AUGAAAUUAGAACCUGAAUAUAGUAAUUUAACAACUGAGGUAGAACUAAAUACAUGUUCUGAUGCAAUAAUGCUAGUUAAUAAUAUACAAGAAACUCAGGAAUCAUUUCCUAUAUAUAAUUUAUAUGUUAAUGAUAUAAUAAAAGAUUGUUCAGCAUUAUUAUUAUCUAAAUACGAGAAAAGUGGUUUAUGUAAAAAUAAGUCAAAUAAAUUAUUUGCCACCUGUUGUAAUGGAAAAUAUGAAUCUUUAAUGGCAGAUUCAAUUAAAAAUAUUGAAUGUAUAAUAGCUGCAGUAGCAUCUGGUAAUUUAACAAAUAAUAUUUUAAUUGGUAGAGAUAAUCAAUUAAAUAAUAGGAUAGAGAUAAUAUUAGAAAAAAUAUUAAAAAAUAAAACUGAUAAUUUUCCAUCAUUUAUAAUGGGAAAUUUAAAAAAAUCUUAUGAAUUGGAAUCAAAAUUAUUACAGAAAUUAGAAAAAUUAUCUUCUGAUAUGAUAAAUAUGUUUUUAAAGAAUGGUGUACUUGUUAUGGCUCAAGAGGCUUUUGUAAAAUAUUUAACAAGUUUAUUUUGUGGAAUUUGUGAUAUAUCUAUUUCUCAACUUAUACUUUCAACCGGAAAUUUAAAAGUUAUUCAAAUACAUCCAAAUUCUAUGAAUAAUUUAAUGAAAAUAUUAUUACCUCAAUAUAAUUUAUAUUUUGAAAAAUUAGGGAAAUUUGGAAAUAAAAUAGAAACAAUAUUAGGUGAUAAUAUUGAGAAAUGUAUUGAUUAUCAUAAUGAAUGGAUUUUAUCAGUAUUAUCUGAUAGAUUUAAAAGAUCAAAUUAUGAUAUAAAUAAUAUGAUUAAUAUAGGAGAUAAAGUUAUUAUGGAAAAUCUUAGUUCUAAACAAAAUACAUGGAUUAAGAAACAUUCAAAAAUAGCAAGAUUUUCAAAUAUGUUAAAAAAUAAUUUGAAUUUCCAAAUAUCUAAUAAUAAUAAAUAUUCAAAAUUAAUGAUAGAUGAUAUUCAAAAUAUUAUACAAAAAAUAAAAUCUGAUAAAGAUUGGAGGAGAUAUACUACAAAGUGUAUAAGAUCAUUUCCAAUAUAUAAGAUUACGAAUGAUAAGAUAGAUAUAACAAAGCUUGAUUUAAAAAGAUUGGAAACACUCUUAAUGUCAGCUAUUUCUGAUCCUAGUGGACAUACUUUUAUUUCUAAUUUGGUUUUAAUACCAAUUUUAUGUUUAAAGACGAUUAUUAUUGAGAUAUUGACAAUUUUACCUGAUCCAAUGAUUGAUUUGAAUUUUUAUUAUCAAGUAAAAAAUGAUAAUCUUACUGACAUUACAGAUUUAUCUAAUAGAAUUGUUAAGUAUUUAAGAAUAGAAUCAUAUAAUAAUGAUAAAAAAAAAUUAGAAUUUGGUAUUAAUAGUAAUAUUUCUUUAGAUAUAAAAAGUGUUAAUGAUGAAAUACCUAAUGAAAUAUUAUCAAGAAAUAUUAAGAGAAAUAAUAGUAAUAAUAGUAAUAUUUUUUAUAUGGGAAAUUCAAUGGGUAAAACAAGUAUUGACCAGUUUGGGAAAAUUAAGAAGAAUUUUGAUCAUGAAAUACACAAUACAUUAUUUGCUGGAAUUCAAAAUCAAACAGAUUUAUCUGAUAAUUAUAUAUAUUCAAAUAAUAACUCAAAAUUAGAACAUAUUAAUUUAAAAGGAAAUAAUUCUGAUAACAAUACUAAAGUAAAUUAUUCAGAUUCUAUUAAUUAUACGUUCAUGGUAUCUGGGAAUCCAAAUUCUCAUGAUAUUUCAAUGAUAGCAGCAGAUACGCCAUAUACAAUGGAUUUACUUCAAGUAAAAGAGUCAUCCUCUAUAUCAAAUUUGAAGAUUACAUUUAAUUAUAAAAUUUUAUUGUUAUCCUUAGUUUUAUUUAUUUUUUAUAUUUAUUAG